AUGUUCAAUAGUGUCGAACAGGAUUUGAAAUUUGUACUAUCAACGAAGGUUGCACUAGACAUUUCAGAAAUAUCGCUUGACUUGGGUUGUCGAGAUCAGUCUUUUCAGCUCCUCUCUUCGUACUCCGGCAUUUUAGAUCAUUGUAUCAUUAUUCCAAAAAGACAGCUAACUACAGGUGAAUAUGUUCCGAGCUUCUUGAGAAUAUAUAACGAAAGUCACCGUCAUAACCAGAAAAUAGGUGGGGAGACGCAUUUCAAAGUUGUAAUCGUGUCACAUCAUUUUAAUAAUCUUUCUCCUGUACAGGUAAGAUUUAUUCGAUCAGUAUGUAUCAUCUGGUGUGCAUGCUUUAUCAGUUAUAGGCAGUUGAUGAACCUUUGGAUAUACAUACGUCUCCACCCUGCCAGAAGUCUUUGUUAUAAUGUAUUUGCCAAGUGUCUAAUAAGAAUGUCUAUCUGUGCUGAUUCUAUGAAAUAUUAUCCAUGCUUACGGGAGAAUCAACUAGUCAAUGUACAUGUUAUCGUAUCAUUUUAA